ACCACAAUCACCAAAAAUAUACCGAUCUAAUUCCUAUUCAAAGAUAUACAACAACCAAGACCAUGGACACAUCCUCCAACGUUGUCUUUCUAUUCUGCAUGGUGCUAUCAAUCGUCUCCGCCUCUGCUGAUGCUGCUUAUGGAGUUGCUAAGCUGCCUGAGAUCCCUCACAAGAUGAAACAGAAGGAAAUUCCUAAAUCGAUUGCAGUUCAAGGCCUAAUAUAUUGUAAAUCCGGCCCUAAAUUCAUCCCACUUAAAGGAGCCAUGGCAAGAAUAACUUGUUUGGCAAGAAACCAACACGGACUUGAAUUAGCACCUUUCUCCAUCUCAAGUUGCCCAGCUGAUGAUAAGGGUUACUUUUUAGCCAAACUGUCCCCUCCAUCGACGAAGUUCUUAAAGAAUGCUCAGUGGGAGCUCAAAGAGUGCAAAGCCUUCCUCCAGAGCUCGCCAUUGAAGGACUGCAAGGUUCCUUUGGAUAUUAAUGGAGGGGUUAAGGGUGCUCAUAUUAUUGCUUCGUCGUCUCAUCGUCUCCUUAAAAACGCAAAUCUCUAUUCGCUCAAACCCUUUUUCUACACUAGUGAUAAACCUCAUACAGUCUCCGAUAACAAGAAAUAUUAACAAGAGUAUUAAUAGAUUUACUCUUGCAAUAUUUGAUGAAUCAUUUUUUCCAAUUUUAAAUGUACUUUAAUUUGUUCUUAUAUUUUUUUUUUUCAUUUUGUUGUGAUCGAAGAGAAUUACAUGAGGUUUUUGUCUCAAUUUAAAUGCAAAUUCUUAUUGUUCACAUUAUAGAAAGAAAGAACAAUGAUAAUCAAG